AUUUACACAAGUGGUAAAUUGCUGUUUGCAUAUACAAAAAUUAAAUAUGCGCAUUCAAGAUUUAUUAUAAAUGUCCGGUUCUUUUUGUGUCCAGUUUAUAAUCAAUCUUAAACGUUGAAGUUGAUAAUACAUUAAUAAACAAUGGCUAAAUUUACAAUUUUAUGUUGUGCUUUCUUUUUAGCUGCAGGAGCACAGGCACAAAGUACUCCUGGUGUAUUGCAAAAAAUUCAUGAUAACGUUGAAGCUGGAAUUGUUGCUGUUCAUACUGAAGUACAAUCUAUUCUCGAUGAUGCAAUAGAAAAAUCAAAUGAAGUUGCAAACAAUCUUAAAAAUCAAGGUGAAAAACUUUCCCAAGAAAUGUAUGAACAACUUCAAAAACAAUUGGCUGAGACAAAAAAACAUCUUGAUGAUCUCGUUAACAAUGCUGAAAAAGAUGCAUCUGAAUGUAAAUCAGCCGUCGAAAUUCUUGACAAAGUUGCCCUUGAAACAAUUGCCAACAUGAGUGUAUGUGUAACAGACAAAAUCGAACAAGGAAAUGGAUAUAUCGAGAGUAUGAUCAAGAUCACUGAAGAUCUCAAAGUUGAUCUUGAUGUUAUCAAAAAAGAAGCUGAUGAUUGUCUUAAAAAUGUUGAUGGUCUUAUUGCAACUGCAAAAGCCAUUGCAUGUGUUAAUGGGGCUGGUGCUAAAGCAACCUGGACCAGUAUGAAAACAGUUCCAGGCUAUACUCAAAAAAUGAUCCAAAUGUCAUAUAUGAUGUCAACACUUCCAAUCAAACUACCCUUCUGCGCUGCUACCAAGGGUCUUGUUGCUUUUUCCCGCGAGACCAUUCGCGUUACCGAAGAAGUUAAAACAUGUAUUAAAAACAAAAACCAACAAUAGAAUAAUAACAAAUUGACACUUAGUUAUAAUAUUAAUAUACUUUAAUAAAUACUUUUUAAAUAUUCAAAAA